AUGGAGGCCGUGCUGUUCCAGAAAUACAGAAAAUACAGUAAUACAGAAAUGGCGUCAGAUCUCCAGCAACAACUAGCAGCCAGCAGUCUCUACGACGCCGAGUCGUUGAAGGCCUUCAAUCAAAUGUACAAUUCAUCACAGAAUCCGUAUGGCAAUGGGUUUGAUAAGAACUACCCAGCCAGCGCUCUCCCAUUCUUCCAACACUUUGCCCCUUACACCAAUCCCAACGCCACCGCAUCAUCAUUCUCCCCAUCCGGCUCCUCCACGUCAUCCACUUCGUCUCAACAACACCAACAUCCGACGAAAAAGAAACCGGUUCCAGUGCCAGCUGAACAGAAGGAUGAGACCUAUUUCGAACGACGUCGUCGGAAUAACGAGGCCGCCCGUAAAUCGAGAGAAGCACGGAGAAAACAGGACAAUGAUAAUGGGACGAGAGUCAUCCAGUUGGAGCAGGUAAAGGUGUCUGUCGUGUCUUUGACGCGUUUUUGA